AUGAUAGCCCCACAUUUACAGAGGAAGCCACACGUCCGGGGCCUCAAAGCCAAGCGCAGAGCUGCUGGGGGCUGUGUCCUCCCCGUGCGACUGACCAGCUGCAUCUUCCCCAGGCCCGUGACGCUCAUCACCGCCCACCCUGGCAAUGAGGUCAGGUGCGGGCCCCACGAGGAGAAGCUGGAGAAGCCCCAGCAGCUGUGUUCAAGCUGGAGGCUGCAGGCACUCAAGCACCAAGGCAGCGAAGAAGAAGGUUUAAGCCAAUUGGAUUUCACAAACGCCUUCCCAGCCAUGACUUCAGGAAGCCGAGGAGGAUCCUGGGGCCAGGCUGCUGCUGAGAGCUCGCAGCCCGCCCCUGGCCUGUCUCCCUUCUGGAAAGAGAUGAUCCCGGAAGCUUUUCACCUUGUCCCUCCCCCUUCCAGCCAGCAGGUCACUUCCGCAGACAUCCAGAGACAGGCUCGGAAAGUGAAGAGGGCCAGGGAGAGACUGGCCGAGGCCUUGAGGGCAGACAGCCUGGCCAGGGAGGCAGAGAGGCUGAGCAGCCAGGAGGAAAGGGCUGAAAACCAGGUGGAAACAGGAGCAGGAGCUGCUGGAGACUCGGAAAUGUGA